AUGAGUCGUCGCGUGCUUAUCCUGGCUAUUUGGUGUCGGGUUGUCCUGCAUGUGUGGGGCUCUUUGACGGCGGCAAAUGGACCGGGUCGUUGCUCCAUUGGUGUCUUAGAAGGUCGUGGUUUUACCGCAGCUGGGGACAUCAUCAUCGGCGGCAUUUUUCCAGUUCACUACAAUAAAGUCUUCCCAGACACCCCAUUUACUGAUUUACCAAAGCCAAUUGUUUGCGAAAAAUUCAGUCUAAGGUCUUACCGCUGGCUUCAGGCCAUGGUGUUUGCCAUCAAAGAGAUCAACGAAAACCCAUUUUUGUUGCCCAACAUUACUCUGGGAUUCGCAAUUUACGAUUCCUGCGAUGUCAUUCCACGGGGCCUGGAGGGGACUUUGUGGCAGCUGAGUGGACAGGAUGACGUAUUGCCUGGGUACCGGUGCCGCCCUGAGCCCCUAGCUGCGGUUAUAGGGGACGCUGGCUCAGGGGUCACUUUGCCUGUAGCUCGAAUGCUUGGACUUUACGGCUAUCCGCAGAUCAGCUAUUUUUCAUCAGUGCCGUUGCUCAGUGACCGCCGACAGUUUCCUUCCUUCUUCCGCACGAUUCCAAGUGAUGAAUUCCAGUCGCGGGCUCUGGCUCGGUUGGUGCGUUACUUUGGAUGGUCCUGGGUUGGCAUCCUCGCUGCAGAAGAUGACUACGGACAGCUGGGUAGUCAAAUACUUCGAGAGGAAAUACAAGGAAGCGGAGUUUGCCUGGCUUUUUCCGAAACAGUGCCAGUGCUUUACAACCUCAAGAAGAUAAUGAAGAUAGUACAGGUAGUCAAAUCCUCUACAGCGAAUGUCAUUAUUGUCUUUUCUUUUGAGUCUUACUUGAUUCCUGUCAUGGCUGAGAUGGCCCGGCAGAAUGUGACUGGUAAGGUGUGGAUCGCAAGUGAGGCCUGGUCCACUUCACCUAGUUUGGCACAGAAAGAUCAACUUAGGACACUGGGAGGCACCAUAGGCUUUGCCAUUCGUCGGGGGGAGAUUCCUGGUCUCAAAGAACAUUUGCUAAGUGUCUCACCCCAAUGGCCAUUAGGAAAGUCUGCCAACCUGAACAAAAGCAGUGAUGUCAUAUCUUGGAAUGAGAACAGCACCACACAGCAACAGAAGGCCAGCUCUGGUGAUGUCCUUGUUAAACUCUUCUGGGAGGAGGUUUUCAAGUGCAAAUGGCCUGACCUACCUGAUUACAUGUCCAGCUUUUUUGGUCCUCGGCUUACCUGCACUCAGCAGGAGAGUCUGGCCAGUCUUGAUACUGCAUAUUCAGAUGUUUCCAACCUACGAAUCACCUAUAAUGUUUACAAUGCUGUUUAUGCAGUAGCUAAUGCCCUGCAUGAUCUUCAUUCUUCCAAGCAUGUGAAAGGACCUUUUCUAAACAAUGAAUGUGCAAACAUACAGAAUUUUGAACCCUGGCAGCUUCUUAAUUACAUGAAGAAGGUACACUUUAUCAACAAUGCUGCUGAGUCAGUGUUCUUUGAUGACAAUGGUAACCCUCCAGCUCUUUAUGACAUCCUUAACUGGCAAGAGACCCACACAGGAGAGAUUCGCUAUGUCAAAGUUGGCAGCUUUAACUUUAGUGCUGCACCUGGUCAAGACCUCCUGAUAAAUGAAAAUGCCAUCAUCUGGAAUGGAGGACAAAAGCAGAUUCCUCGUUCAGUGUGUACAGAAAGCUGUCCAGCUGGCACCCGCAAAGCCACUCGCCGUGGACAACCUGUCUGUUGCUUCGAUUGCAUUCCUUGUUCUGAAGGGGCAUUUACUAAUGAGUCUGACUCUGCAGAGUGCCUGUACUGCCCCGAGGGCUUCUGGUCUAAUGAAAAGCGAGACUCCUGCACCCCCAAACUGAUUGAAUUCCUGUCCUUCCAGGAACCAUUGGGCGCAGUUCUGGUGUCCCUCUCUGUGGUGACAUCAUUGAUGCCAAUCUCUACUCUUGCCAUUUUUCUCUGGCACCAUCGUACACCCAUAGUGAAGGCUAACAACCGGCAGCUGAGUUAUGUGCUUCUCUGCGCUCUGGCCAUGUGUCCCUUGUGCUCUCUGAUUUUCAUUGGCCGACCUUCACCAACCUCCUGCAUGCUUCGCCAGACUGCCUUUGGUACGGUAUUCGCACUCAGUGUAUCUUGUGUCUUGGCCAAAACUAUCAUGGUGGUGAUUGCUUUCAGGGCUUCCAAACCAGGCAGUGGAUUACAGAAGUGGGUUGGGUCUUGUUUACCAAAUUCCAUUGCUUGUGGGGGAACACUGUUUCAGAUCAUGAUCUGUGUGACAUGGCUAGCAGCAUCUCCACCUUUUCCAGAGAACAACACCAAAGCACAUACUAGUACAGUAAUUUUGGAGUGUAAUGAAGGAUCCUCCCUGGCCUUCUGGUGCAUGCUGGGAUAUAUGGGCAUGCUUGCUUUCAUCAGUUUUAUUGUGGCAUUUUUAGCACGGAAACUUCCAGACAGCUUCAAUGAAGCAAAGUUCAUCACGUUCAGCAUGGUGGUAUUUGUCAGUGUGUGGCUGUCCUUCAUCCCUGCGUAUAUCAGCACAAAAGGGAAGUACAUGGUUGCUGUGGAGAUAUUUGCCAUCUUGUCGUCAAGUGCCGGCCUUGAAGUUUGCAUUUUUUACCCAAAAUGCUACAUAAUUCUUCUGAGACCAGAGUGGAAUACUCGUGAGUAUCUGAUGGGAAAGAAGACCAUUACUGAAUAACUAUAGAGAAAGGGAAAAUUAGAAUUUAUGAAGUUUUCUCCAUGUGGUAGACAUGC